AUGCGUAAUGAAAGAAAAAAAUUUCGUGAAUGGAAUAUAAAAGGUUCAAUGAAUGUAUGGGUUGAAUUAGGUUGUCCAAAAGAAAAACUUAAUAUUGGUCUCUCAGCUUAUGGAAGAGCUUUUUCAUUACUUCGAGAUCCAGGUAUAACGAAUAGUAAACCAAUGCGAAAGAAAAAAACAUCCAUUGGAUUAAAAGCAGGUGCUGCUGAAGCUGGAAAAUAUACACGAGAAGCAGGUGUUCUUUCUUAUUAUGAAAUUUGUGAAUCAAUUCAAAAAAAUCCAAAUAAUCGUGUAUUUUGGCAUCGUGAAAUGAGUGUUCCAUAUGUAUCAAGUGAAACAUUAUGGAUUGGUUAUGAUAAUAUACGAAGUGUUAUACUAAAAAUGCAAUUUUUAAAAGAACAUGGUUAUGGUGGAGUCAUUAUCUGGUCAUUAGAUUUAGAUGAUAAAACAGGUGAAAUUUGUAAUGAAGGUCCAUUUCCAAUAUUCAAUGCAGCUAAAAAUGAAUUAUUAAUUGUACCUGACCAUUUAUCUAAUAUAAAUAAAAAAUGUCUUGACGAUAAUGACACAUUAUCAAUUGAACAACUUUUUUCUCAGUCGACAACAAUAAAAGGCAUAAAUCUAAGUAAGAUUCAAGAUUUUCUCAAUUUUUAUUAA